UUUUUGUUAAAACAUUUAGCACUAUUUAUUUGCAUUGCAUGUGACUACAGCCUCAAUCUGGCGAUCUUUGUGGGCUUUCCUCAUGAUAUCAACUGCACUGCAGUAGCCUCUUAAAUACAAAACAAAACAAAACAAAAAUAAACAAUUCAAAAUAUUGCAUUCUAUUAUUACAUAAUUUACAUUGCAUAGAAGCUAAAGACAAAACAGAGAGAGAUAAGAACACAAUGAGACGUCAACCACGUCAACGUCACUCGCCACCGCAGUCUCACUCCUCUCCGUCGUCAUCUUCGUCGGAAUUUGAAUUCAACAUCUCAAUCUCGCCGCGAAAAGCUUCUUCUUCGCUUUGUCCAGCCGAUGAGCUCUUCUACAAAGGUCAGCUUCUUCCUCUCCAGCUUUCUCCUCGUCUUUCUCUCGUCCGUACACUCUGUUCUUCUUCUUCUUCUUCCUCUGACUACACUUCUUCUUCUUCCUCCGCCGCACGUGACUCCACUGAAUCUUCUUCCUCCACUGACUCCUCCACCUCCUCUUUCCCUCUCCUCCACCCUCCCCCGCUCGAUUGCUCUGACUCUUCACGGCCUAACUCUGUUACCGAUGAAGAAGAUGUCUUCUUUAAACAGACAAAGAAGAGUGGUUUCUCACUCUCUAGACUAUCCUCUGUUUUCAAGAAAGACACCAAGGCCGUCUUCGCCGCAGCUCCUCCGUCGUCGGUUAAGAGAAUGAGCUCCACGGCUAAAGAAGUUAUUCGCAAAUACAUGAAAAAGGUCAAACCUUUAUACGACAAGUUAUCUCAGAAACAGAGCACCACCGUCACAGCUUUCAAAACAGAGUCCUCUGUUUUAAAAACAGAGUCCUCUUUCUCAGGGAACCUAAUGAAAUGCACAAAGCGAGGACGGUGCGCGGCGAGCUGUCCGUCGUCGAUGAGGUCAUCUCCGAGUCACUCCGGGGUGCUGACACGUGGUGGCUUUCCGGGUCAACGAGGAGGUAGCUGCAGCAGCAGCAGCAGCAACAACAGUGUGUCUUCUUCUAUGGAGGAGUUGCAGAGUGCUAUUCAAGGAGCUAUUGCUCAUUGCAAGAACUCAAUGUUGCAGAAGAGUUUGGUUAGUAGUCACGAGAUCUAGCAUUAUAUCUUUGUAUCAAUCUAUUAUAUUUUCAUGUCUUUCUAAUCAUUUUGAAAUUUCAGCUACUCUUUUGCCUUUGUGUGAUCCAAACAUCCGAUAUAAUUAACGGUGUUAUUGGUUAUUUUUAUUUAA